UAAUGUUUAGCCUAGUCUUCUUCCUUCCAAGCUAAAUGUAGAGAAACAGUUUGUAAAAAGCGACCAUUACAAACUAAUACGAUUCUAUGGCUUCCUCCAAAUCAAGAACUAAGUGCUCCCUCUUCUUAUUCUUCGACAUCGUCUUUAAUGUUUGCAAACCACAUGCAACACCACUCUCCUUCAGCUUCAACUUUUCCGAUCCCGAAAUUAACAUGUCGAAUAUAACACUUCAGGCCGACGCUGUCUGGAACGGCACUGUCAUCAAUCUUACGAACGACACACACGGCAGCCAAGGCCGAGCGGUGUACAGCAAUCCGGUGCUUCUUUGGGACAACGCCAGGGGCGAGGUGGCUAGCUUUCACACUAGCUUCUCUUUCGUCAUCCAUGCCAAGAACACGAGCAAUUACGGGGAUGGGCUAGCGUUCUUCCUCUCCCCUUUUCCGUCGGUAGUCCCUAUCUUUGGCAGUGGUGGCUCCCUCGGCCUCUUCAACGGUAGUACCGCUCUGAACUCGUCGCAUAAUCAGAUAGUGGCGGUCGAGUUCGACACCUUCAAGAAUGACUGGGAUCCGAGCGACUAUCACAUGGGUAUUGAUAUCAAUUCCAUCUACUCUAUGGGGUCCAAGGACUUGCCGGAUAUCACCAGGAACGGCUCCCGCACGACCGUGUCAAUUGACUACAAUAUCACCACGAAAUAUUUAAGUGUCUUGCUUUCUUUUGACGGUAAUCCUAACUACACUAGUCCUUUCAACCUCUCUCACCUUGUUGAUUUGAAGGCAGUACUACCCCAGGAGGUGGCCGUUGGCUUCUCAGCUGCCACUGGCAACGCCAUCGAGCUGCAUCAGAUCCUCUACUGGAAUUUCAACUCAACAUUGCAAAGGAAGAGUAAUCGUACGAUUACGAGCCCACCGACACAGCCGGCCCCUCCGCCAUCGACUUUCUCGGGCAAAAUUAAUGUCGGAGUUGUGGCCGGCUCGGCCGCUGGAGUAUUCGCUGUGCUCUGUUUGGUUGCGGCAGUUUGCUGGUUUCUUUCGUCGCGUAAGAAGGCCACCAUGGGAGAGGAAGAAGAAGGCAGCAUGGACGACGAUGAUGAUCUGAUCGACGAUGAGUUCGAGAGAGGUAGGGGACCCCAGAGGUUUCCUUACAGCGAAUUGGUUGCAGCGACGAACAACUUCGACGAGGCAGAGAAGCUUGGGCAGGGAGGCUUUGGUUUCGUGUACAAAGGGUUCCUGAGGUCCAUAAAUCGUCCCGUAGCCAUCAAAAGAAUCUCCAAGGGGUCGAAACAAGGACUGAAGGAGUACACGUCCGAGAUCAACGCGAUAAGCCGACUGCGGCAUCGGAAUCUAGUGCAGCUCAUAGGCUGGUGCCACAGACGCGGAGAUUUCUUGCUGCUCUACGAGUUGAUGCCCAACGGAAGCCUGGAUUCCUAUCUCUACAGCAAAUAGAGGCUACUGCCGUGGUCGGCGAGAUACAACAUAGCGCAAGGCCUGGCCUCUGCUUUGUUGUAUCUUCACACCGAGUGGGAGCAGUGUGUGGUGCACCGAGACAUCAAGCCGAGCAACAUCAUGCUGGAUUCAUCGUUCGGCGCCAAGCUCGGUGACUUCGGGCUGGCGCGGCUCGUCGACCACGACCGCGGCUCGCAAACCACGGUUCUUGCCGGCACGUUGGGAUACCUGGCCCCCGAAUGCUUCAUCACCGGGAAAGCCAGUAAGGAGACUGACAUCUUCAGCUUCGGCGUCGUCUUGCUCGAAAUCGCUUGCGGGAGAAAGUGCAUAGUCCAGACGGAGGAUCGGAGCAAAGUUAGCCUGGUUGAGUGGGUCUGGGAUCUGUAUGGAAGGAAAUCAGUUCUUGAAGCAGCCGACGAACGUCUCAACGGCGAUUUCAUCGAACCAGAAAUGGAGAGCUUGAUGGUUGUUGGGUUGUGGUGCGCGCACCCAGAUUAUAAUCGACGACCGUCGAUCCAAGAAGCAAUCGGUGUACUACGCUUCGAAAUUCCCUUGCCCGCUCUUUCUGCUAAGAUGCCGGAGCUGGUGUUCGCGCCGCCAAUAGAUCUAUCGAAUUUCAAUUAUACCUCAUCAUCAUCCACUGGAGCAUCGGCUAGUGUCGUUUCUGCAUCUGCUAAAUCAAUCACCGCAUCUGAAUCCUCCUCAUCUUCGCUCCUUAAUAAUACUUUCUAAAACUCAACAUUAUGCUUGCUGCAAUUUGUUUUCUUUCUUCUUCUUUUUUUUCCGGUAUGUUUUGAUGUUUGAGAGCGACUGUGAGUAAUAUGGUUUUUUUACUUUAUGUUCCCCAAUCAGCAACGGUACUAGGAAAAAGGCAAUAAUGCCGAUCGUAACUAUGUUUUCCGAGCUAGGUUGUUGAUAUAUGUUUGUAUUGCAAUCUUUUUUUAAUAUUUUAUAAGAGU